AUGUACCUAAAAUACAGUAACACCAUCUACGAGGAAAGGGGGGCUGCUUUCCGGGUCAAUUCGAGAUACAAGAUCGUGUCAUUAUUGGGGAAAGGGUCGUACGGAACUGUUUGCUCGGCCAUUGACACCAACAGCACCCCCCUCAAGGUAGCAAUCAAGAAGAUCAACAGUAUAUUCACCAGGGAAGUGCUUUUAAAGAGAGCGGUUAGAGAAUUGAAGCUUAUGAGGCACUUCAGAGGCCACGGAAAUAUUGCAAGCCUACUCGAUGCGGACAUUAUCCACAUGAAACCGUAUGAUGGGUUAUACUGUAUCCAGGAAUUCGUCGAUUGUGACUUGGCCCGGGUCAUAUACUCAUCCAUCCAGUUCUCGGAGUUUCACAUCCAAAGUUUCGUCUACCAAAUAUUGUGUGGAUUGAAGUACAUCCAUUCAGCAGACGUAAUCCACCGAGAUUUAAAGCCUGGCAACAUUCUCGUAAACGCUCAAGGCACGCUUAAGAUCUGUGACUUCGGGUUGGCGCGAGGGAUCAGCACCAAGUAUGUGAUUACAAACUCGUCGCCAAUUACAAAUUACGUCGCUACCAGGUGGUACCGAGCACCGGAAUUGAUGUUAUCAAAACACAAGUACGAUAAAUCAGUGGACGUGUGGGCUGUAGGAUGCAUAAUGGCCGAGUUGUACGGGAGACGGCCCCUUUUCGCAGGUAAAGACCAGUUGCAUCAACUCCACGAGAUCAUGAAGAUUCUAGGGUCCCCUCCGGUUGACGUAAUCUGUCGGUUAAAAUGGAGGUGCACAAUUCCACCCAGCCCGCAGUACAUCUCGGUGAAAUGGAAGCAACUCUACCCCUUUGCUUCGAAUGAUGCACUAAGCUUGAUUUUUGCACUCUUGAAAUGGGACCCCGCAGAGCGCUUGGAUGUGAAUGUGACUCUUCGGCAUAACUUUUUCGAAGAUGUCCGAGACCCGUAUGGCGAGCCAGAAUGUGACCGGAUCUUUGACUUCAGUUUCGAAAACAAUUGUCACACAAUCCCCGAAUUGACUACGUUGCUUGAACAAGAAGUACUGGAGUUCAAAAAGGAUCGAUUAGGCUAG